AUGAAUGUACAAGGUGCACAUUAUGAUAACCCGGAACAGGUCUUAAAUUACUUUCGCUAUAUUACCGGUAAUAAAACUGAACCACCACAGUUUCCUAAACGGUUUAACCCUGAUAUGCGUGACAAAAGAAAUGACAGCGUAAACAAAUAUCCAAACCAAUCCAUGCAAGAGGUAAAAAGUAGAAAUAAUCACGACUAUUUUAAUAACAAAAGGACCAUGAGCCACAUAACGUGUUUCAAUUGUGGCGAAGUAGGUCACACAGUUCUGAAGUGUACUAAAGAAAUACUAAGGUGCAACAAAUGCAAACGCCAUGGCCAUAAAGAUAUCAAUUGCAAUUCACAAAAUUAUCAUAAACCAAACAACACAAACCGCGAAGAGAUUAAUAACAUAUCAAAGACUGUAUUAAAUAUAGAUGGAACAGUGAUGGAAAGUAAUCAAAAAUAUUUUAAAGAUGUUAAAAUUAACGAUAUAAUAAUAAAAGGUUAUAUUGACUUUGGGAGCGAGUGUACUCUCUUGAGUGAUAAAGUAUGUAAAGACUUGAAUUUAAAAAUUUCUUCAGACGAGUUGCCCAUUUUACGGGGAUUUGGUAAUAGUGCCAUAUCUCCAAUUGGUAAAGCACAAGUAAGAGUAAGAGUCGAUUUUGUGGAUAUAGGAUUAAUAGCAUAUGUUGUGCCUGCAUCUUUGUUGCCAGCUGAGGUACUCAUAGGGCAAUCUCUCUCUGAACAUCCUACUGUAAGAGUAUUUAAGACGGAUAAAGAAUUGACAUUAUACCAAAUUACUGCUAACAAAUCAAACUUGCUGGUAUUAACGACUGUAGAUGAUUACAUGAUUAAAAAUGAUACAGUAAUAGAAGCUGUUAGCGUUUCCCAGUUUACAGGAUUCGUGAGCAUAGCAUCAGAGAUACAGCGAUUCAAUGAUUCACAAUAUUUAAUCUUACCCGGAGUUUAUGCUAUUUAUGAUGGUAUCGUCCGUGUAGUUGUUAUAAGUUUAUGUGAUAAACCCUUUUCCCUUAAGAAAGGCAAAAUCGUAGCAAGAGGCGUAGGAAUACCAAAACAAAUAUUCGCCACCAACGAGGAAAACAGUUACGUGGUAAAUGUGAGGCUAUACGCCUCUUGA